CUUAGGUGGACUUCGCCGCCCCUCCGUGGGUGCCGACCUCAAGGUCCCGGCAUGCAGCGGGGUCGCAGGGCCGGAUGGGAGCUGGGAGCUGCCCGGAAGCUGCUCCAGCUCUGUGGCUUCUGGGUCUCGUCCAGGGUGUUCGCGGGCUCUUAAAGCAACUAAACCCGCCGAGAUGGCCUGGGCACCUCCGGCACUGAGUCUCAUCUUCCUCUCAGGAACUCAAAGUCUAGCAGAGAAGACGAGACCGUAGAACUAGAUCAGUCAAUGCCAAAGAGAGCAACUGGUGGGAAUUCAGAGGAACGUCUGAUUUUUCAUAAUUGAAGAUAGCAAAGUAAACCAAGAUGUCAGUGGAUCCAAUGACCUAUGAGGCACAGUUCUUUGGCUUCACACCACAAACUUGCAUGCUUAGGAUCUACAUUGCAUUUCAAGACUACUUAUUUGAAGUGAUGCAGGCUGUUGAACAGGUUAUUCUGAAGAAGCUGGAGGGACUCCCAGACUGUGAGAUUAGCCCAGUUCAGAUUCGUAAAUGUACAGAGAAGUUUCUUUGCUUCCUGAAAGGACGUUUUGAUAACCUUUUUGGCAAAAUGGAGCAGCUGUUUUUGCAGUUGAUUUUGCGUAUUCCCCCAAACAUCUUGCUUCCUGAAGAUAAAUGUCAGGAGACACAUCCUUACAGUGAAAAAGAAUUCCAGCUUCUCCAAAAAGAAAUUGAAGAGUUACGGGAAAAGUAUAAGACUGAAUUAUGUACUAAGCAGGCCCUUCUUGCAGAAUUAGAAGAGCAAAAAAUUGUUCAAGCCAAACUCAAACAGACUUUGACUUUGUUUGAUGAGCUUGAAAAUGCUGGCAGAGAUCAUGGCACUAGUGAUUUUAGGGAGAGUUUGGUAUCCCUGGUCCAGAACUCUCGGAAACUCCAGAACAUUAGAGACAAAGUAGAAAAGGAAAGCAAAAGACUGAAAAUAUCUUAAUUUCUCAGUAGUAAAAACAAAGAACCUGUAAAAAAGUAGGUUUUCUUUAUUCACCCUUUCUUGUGUUUCCCCAUCUUUUUUGGUCCACUCUUCUCAACUACCCUGAACUAGUCUUUGAAGUAUCUGUUCAUUAGAGUCCUCUAAUAAGUGGGAACGGAUUCUUGAUACAAUAAUGACUCAUUUGGGGUCAUGAUUGAAGAAAUAAAACUACAGCCAAAAAUAUUUAUAGAGUUUACCUUGGUUAUGAGUCCUUUGUGAUCCUGAAACUUUUGGCUUAUUCUUUGGAAAAUACCAGGUGAGAAAAGGGUUAAACAGAUAGCUUCUUUAUUAACUAGCCAUUAUACUACAGGAUAGCUAAUAUAGAAUGCUUCUCUUGCCCAGUAACUUUCCUUUGUGGUUUAUAACUGGUUGAAAGAAGCAAGCAGCAAAAAAGAAAAAACAAAAAAGACAUCUUUGAUCUUUACUAAAGAAGAAAUUUGUUUUCAUUUCUAAAAUAAACCUUUUUUAUAUGCGAGGCCCAGCGAUGUUAGCAAUUUAGUAUCUUGGAGUCCUGCAGAAGAUAACUUUGUACAAAAAAGAAGUGGAACCCACUGGAAUAGAAAAGGAAGCAUGGGGUAUAUCCAGUAAUGAAAUUUGUAUUUAUUGACUAAGGUUUUAUACCAGUAUUUUUAUAUAAUAAAGUUAGUUUUGGAAUCUGCCUUAUAACUAAUAUUUAAUUAGCCUAUUUAUUCACACUGAGGGAACUAAGCAUCAAAUGUUCUCACCCACGGGAAGGGAGAAAUGUUAACGAUUGACCUUAAUGUGUUAUUUGCUCUUCAUGUCUUCCUAAAGAACAGGAUUUGGAGUUUUUCCUUUAUAGAAGGAGUUAGAGUGUUAAUAUUUGCAACUAAAUAUUCAUAGAUUUGGAAUAUUUGUGCUUAUUAUCUAGAAGUCUUAUUUCUAAUCCUGUACAUUAAAUAUAUAUGUUCUAAAAACUUUGGG